UAAUAGUUGCAGUGCUUUACUUCUUGAACUCUUCGAAAUUGAAUUAAGAAAUGCAAAUCGGAUUAUCCGCACUCACGUCUCACUCUUUCUUUCUGUUUAUCCUCGUUAACAUCGUAGUUCGGUGCUUUCUCUGUGGUGGUAUGCACGAAUGCUGCUGCGCUCGCCGUUAAAUAAUUAUUAAAUAAAGCCGCAAUAAGUCGACUCAGUCGGCUCAGUCCAUUGUUGAAACGCGUCGCAAGUUGAUGCGCGCCGUCCGUGCAUUCCCGUUACGAGUUCAUUAUCUAUAUCUAUGUUCCAGAGUUCAUGUGUUCUUUUGUAAAAACCGCUGAUGAACAAUCAUAUUUCGUGUCGAAGACGCGGAAACGUUAAAGUUAAAGCAGAGGUUUUCCUUCCUUCCUUCCUUGCUGAGAUCUGAGGGAGGACGGUUAAGGUUUACACUUUAUUUUGCUUCCAAUCUAGAGGAGACAACCAAGUUAUUUGAAUGACCAGCAAUACAGAUGAAGUUGUUGCCACACCUUCACCAGGUGAUUCGAUCAUCGUCGAGAGUGGUGGCGGUGGCUGGAGCGACGGUGUGAUCCUCGCAGUUCAGAUCCUGCUGCCUCUGGUCGUGGCAGGACUGAUUUGGGGCAGAAAGGCCAUAGUUUCGAAGAUAGUCACGCACUUUGAUAGGACGUGCAUCUCGGCCCUUUGUCCGACGAUCAGCAAACGCGAGAGAUUGCUGAAAUGGACGUUGACGCAGCUUCCGUACCUGGAGGGCGGUUUCUCGGCAAUCUGGAGGGACGGCUCACAACUCUGCACCCUAAUCAACACGGCUGUCCCAGGUGCUUGUCCCAAUCCGCACAGGCAUUGGCGAAAACCUCCAACGCAUGGACAGGCUUUGGCUUACAAAUAUUUAGGAGUAACUCCGGUCUUUACGGAUUCGGAUUUUGAGGAUCGCAGCUUCACGUUCAACGUGGAGAAGACCAUGAUCGAGUACGUGGCCAGUUUGCAGCAGGCCGUGGCGAAGAUUUCGCGCACCGAUGAUGGCGCGAUGGUUUCGUACUCGAACGACUUUGUAGCGCGCGGAAUGGGGCUGGUGACCGGGGAGCAGCACCGCAAAACCAUCAUCUACAUAUAUCCAAACAGUCCCGACUCCAAGAAGCUGUUGUUCAACGUGCGCGGGCCGUACAACUCCUUCGGUUCGGCGGCGCUUCGCUCCCCGGAAAUGCAGCACAAAAGCGAAAAGGGCUUCUUCAAGAGCCUCUCCAAAGACUUCAGCAAAAUACUGCUGAAGAGCUCCAACGGCAGAGAACCCAUCAGCGACGUCCAAAUCCAGGUGAUGCACGAACGCGAUCGUGCUCGCAUCACCUUCAUCCCGCAACAUUCCGGCGUCUACGAGGUCUGUCUGACCACGAACGGUGAGCACAUCGUCGGAUCCCCGUAUCACAUCAACGUCGAGAAGAAUCGAUCGGGUCUAAUCGACGAAAUUAAUGAGAAAUCGUCGAAGAAAUUAUGCGAAGAGAACAACAACAACAUCAUCGAGGAAGAAACGAUCAUCAAUCCAUCAGAACCCAAAACGGAUAGAGAAUCAACAGAUUUACAAGAAGUAAUCAAAACCGAAGAGAUCUGCACUAAAAGUCUAAUUAACACGAAGGCAGAAGCGAAGAAAAGAAGGGACAUUUCGGGAUUCGAGAGCAUUCCGAUCAACACGGAAUCCAACGAGUUCCAAAUCAAUUUCAAAAAUAGGAUUAAAGAAUUCGAGGACAAAUCGAAAUUGAUCACCAAAUUGGAACAAAGUAAAUCGAUUGAUGAUUGUUCGAAUGUGAUCGUCGAACAAGAAAACGAGAGUGUUAACAAAGAUUUAAAUGAUUCAGAAAUGGAGAAGAGCGAAUCUUUUGAGGAAUCUUCAGAGUCAUCUUUUGAAGUUGAUAAUGAUUCUAAAUUAGUUGUUAAUGGUUUGAUGAUGAGUGAUUCUGCGAAGGAGGAAAUUGUUGUGGCUAAAGUUUUGAAGAAACGCGACGAUUUUUCUAUCGCCAAGAAUAAGUUGGUGAAGUCGAGCUCAAACGAAGAUUUCGCCAGCAAACGUAACCCGAUAAUCGGUAACGUGAGAGAUAAACUGAGGCAAAGGUAUGCAGAAUCUCGGUCGGUGUACAGUAUAGACGAAAGCAGACGUAAAUUUGUGAGACGCGGUUCGAGUCUCAGCGACGAUCUGGACAAUCUGAAGGUGCCGAUUUCAACGAGGACUGUAGUCGCCGAUGAAUGCUACCUAAUUCUGCGGACUAGUCUAACGAAGUUAACGAACUCCGAGCAGAACAUCUCCAAGUUCGAUCCGGAUUUGCUGGCGGGCCACAGCACAGCUUCCGCGCUAUUGAAAAAUACCGACGAUGAAGACCGUCAGGCCGCUACCAAAGUUCCCACCGUUUCUUCAAGAAACUGCAACAAGGGAGCGAAUUUGCCCAACCUCCUGACAGAUCACCAGCCUUGUCUGGAUUUCCGGGAACAAUUCAUGCGACGACGCGAGUACUGGGAUCGCAUCUCAUCGCAGAACACGAGUUUAGCAUCGAGCAUGACCAGUCUCAACGAAUCGCCGAAGAUCUCUUCGCAUCAUUCCGAGAUGAAUCUGAAAGCUUACGAAGUGCGCUUCGAUUCAUCAAGAUACGGUGGAUCCGUGACCGAUUUGAAUUACUACGGAACCAAAGAGAGGAGACGCAUUUUACUGGACGACGAAGACGGGAAAGUCCACGAGAUCUUCGAGCCGAUAGUCGAUAGAAUCAAACUCUUCGACGCAGCAAGUCAAGCGGACGAUUUGGAUUUUGAUCUGGAUGGAAAAGGUGCAGCGAGUUUCAGGAUUGGCGAAUUGAAAACCGUUAAGAAAGUUAAGAGAAUUAGAUACAUCCCUGAGAACGGCACGAUCAAGGCGAAACUCAAGGAGCGCUUCGAGAAGGCGCACAGAUUCUUCAAGAAGCUCGAGAGGAACGCUUCGAAAAUCCAUACAACAGAUCAAUGAUUCCUCUUCACAUGGUGUUUGAUUUAUUUUUUAUAUAUUUA